AUGGGGGCCACCCCCUUCCAUCCCUCAAUCCUCACGGUCCGGCUUCCGAAGAAUUUUGACAAGCCAACGGACAUGAGGUAUGACGGGACCAAGGAUCCCCAGGAGCACCUAACAUGUUUUGAAGCAAGGAUGAACUUGGAAGGAGUAGGCGACACAGUCAAAUACCGAGCAUUCCAUGUGACGUGGACGGCGAUCCGAUGGUUCAACGCCCUCCCACAAGGGUCCAUUACGACCUUCGCAGAUAUCUCCCAAAACUUUCUAGCUCGGUUCACGACACGCAUAGCCAACGCAAAAUACCCAAUUAACUUGCUGGGGGUCACCCAGAGACCCGAGGAACUGACCAAAAAGUUUCUGGACAGGUUCAACGAUGAAUGCUUGGAAAUUGAUGGCCUCACAGAAUCGGUCGGUAGUCUUUGCCUAACAAACGGCCUGCUAAAUGAGGACUUUAGGAAGCACCUCACAACUAAGCCUGUGUGGACUAUGCAGGAAAUUCAAAGCGUGGCCAAAUAA